CAUUGGGAAACGGCGCCAAGUAGGCAAGAAAGUUCGAAGACGCACGCAGAAAAUAUAGAUAAGAUACGGGCAUAGACAAUUGACUCGUGGAAGGGGGGAAAAGAUAUGAACCCUCUUCAGUAAACCACCAUAUAGACCAAGACUGCCGCUCACGCAUACUAUAUUCACGCUCCGAUACAAAAUAGCCCCCGCAAGCACAACAUUAGCGGAGCAAGCGAACUGAAGGACGGUGAAGCGGAUAGCAGGAUGGACUCUCAAGGCUUGUCUUCCGUUAUCGUGAUUGUGUUUUCGGAACUGGGAGACAAGACGUUCUUCAUCGCCGCCUUGAUGGCCAUGCAGCAUGCCAAGUCAUCCGUCAUCGUCGGGGCCUUCUCCGCAAAUGUUGUGAUGACUGUUUUAUCGGCGAUGGUGGGGUCAAUGGCCUCUGUGUUGCAGAAAUCGCACACGCAUUACCUUUCCGUCUUCUUGCUGCUCCUCUUCGGUGCGAGGAUGAUCGCGGAAGACGACCCAGUCCAGUUCGUAUUUGGUGAAAUUGGCGGGAAACUCGGGUCUGGCGCAAACGUUCUUCCUGAUCUUUGUCGGAGAGUGGGGCGACAGGUCCCAGAUAACCACCAUUGCAAUGGCGGCCAACGAGGUACGCGAUCCGACGUUGCGGAUAAUCGCUUAUCGCAAACAAGUUUUCCAUUGUUUGUUCAGGGAAUCGCUAGGGUGCUCAUCGGCGCUAUCUUGGGACACGGGCUGUGCGUCUGUGUUGCAGUUUACGGAGGCCAGUUGGUUGCCCACAAGUUGUCCAUUCGUUCAGUUACAUUUUUGGGAGGCUUCGUUUUCUUGUUGUUCGCGAUCUCCAGUGUCCUUAUGGGCCCCUGACAUUUGAGUUCAAGAUCACGAAGAAAACUUGAUUGUUUCAUUUCACCGUAUAGGUUUGUUCGAAUAAACUAACGCAUUUCUGCUUAUGUGAUACCUUAACACUUUGAACUUAAAGUAUAUAUGUGACGAUGGUUUCUAAUAAAAUCAGUUGAGAGUUA